AUGAAAUUUGAUUCAAUAUUGAAUAAGAAUACUGCAUCUUGUGUUAGUGUUCCCAUGGAGUUCUCUAAAGAGUAUGAAUUGAAUCACAUUAAUAUUUCAGUUUGUGAAGAACCCAAAUCCAAUACAGAGGUAGCUGUUGCUGAUGUAAUUGAUAAAAAUAGCAAAGAAAUCCAAUAUUGUGUAUAUCAAAUUAUAACAGAUGGCAAUAUAAAAUGUGCACAAAAAAUCAAAGUUGCAAAUAGAUCAACUUCAAACCUCAUUCAUCAUCUUUCUUCAGUGCAUAAAAUUAUGGAUAAUCAAAUCAAUAAUGCCAAAACUCAUCCAAAACCAAAGAAUGAUUUUCUUACUCGAUCUUUAUUGAAAUUUAUUAUUUGUGAAAAUAUGCCGCUUAAUCUUCAAGGCUUUUUAGGAAUCAUAUGUUCAUGGAUUGAUGAUAGUUUUAAAAUACAUGAAGUGCUUCUUACUUUGACUUAUUUAAAAUAUCCUCAUACAGCAAUUAAUAUAUAUAAUGCGAUUAAUCAGCAAAUUGAUUAUUGGGAACUAACAGGAAAAAUCUUUACAAUUACAUCAGAUAAUAGAGCAAAUGUAAAAGCUGUCAUAAAUAAAAUUGAAGGAGUUAGUAGAAUGCCUUGUACAGCACAUAUACUUCAGCUUGUAGUUGGCAAAGGUCUUUUACCAGCUAAAGUAUUUGUGGCUCAUGCAAAACAAUUAAUAAAUUUUUUUAUAAGUUCCAAGCAAAAUGAGAGGUUAGAAAAUGUGCAGCAAAGUUUACAAAUUCCAGAAGCAAAU